AUGCCCUUUCAUCCCAAACGUCGUUCUCACCCACUACGUGGGAACCGCCCGUACUCCGUCAUCUCGCGCACUCUCGACCUCGACUUCUUGAAAUCGAUCUCUAACUCGUAUCCACUCCCCGACGGUCAACUCCACCACGCGCGCGGGUCCUCCUCUAGGCCCUCGGAUCAGUCCUCGUCCAUCGCCGUUCGAUGGCACUCUGAUCUCCGGUCAUCCGUUGCACACGAAGUCCCUCCCGGCUCACGGAUGAAGGCCCUCGGGUCGUUCUCCUCGUAA